AUGGUGGUCUUCAUUAUCAUGCUCUUGGUGUACCCUCUAACAUUAGACAAUGAAUUCGGAAGUUUUGGGGCAGAUCCCAGAAACAUCAGGUUGGGUGCGAGCACGGACGGAUUCAAUCCGUUCGGAAACCAGAGCAGCACACAUAGCACAUGGCCCGUGUUUGUAUGGAUCUACAACCUCCCGCCCUGGCUGUGCAUGAAGAGGAAGUACAUACAGAUGAGUAUGCUAAUUCAAGGGCCGACACAGCCAGGAAACGAUAUCAACAUGUAUCUCGAACUAUUAAAGGAGGAGCUUGAAACGUUGUGGGCGGAGGAAGGGGUAGAUACAUGGGACGCCGUCGCGGAAGAAUAUUUCCCUUUGAGAGCCGCGUUGAUCACGACGGUGCAGGACUACCUCGGAUACGGUUACAUUUCGUGCCAGGUGUGCCAUGGACACAAGGCAUGUGUCAGGUGCAUGGAAGAGACGAUGUUUUUGCAGCUUGGUAAGGAUGGCUCUUCGAAAACAGUUUACAUGGGGCAUCGAAGGUGGCUACAGAAAACUGACCCGUGGAGAAAGCGUGGAGAUCUGUUCGAUGGUACAAAUGAACCCCGAGGACCUCCACGUAAGAAGAGCGGCGAAGAGAUCGAUACAUUACUGAAAGGUUGGAAGGAGUGCCCUGCGCCGGGAAAGAUUCGUCAAAAGCCUGGAGAGAAGAAGAAGAAAAAGGAAACGACGCCGCUCAUUGGUGUAUGGAAAAGGAGGUCCGUUGAGCUCCUGCUGGGCUCGGAUAACGUCCGCUGCACCGGUAAGCAGCGUCUGCCGGUGGCUUCCAUCUCAACUUGCGUGGCUGCGACAUCGGCGUUGUGCGCGAUGGGUGUGGCCAACACGCUCAUGGCAGCUUGGAGCGGAGUUGCUGCCGGUGGCACGUUGGAGGUUCCGGCGAUGUUCUCAUCGCGCUCGUUCGGUGGCUUCGCCGUGCGCCCGGACUUGGUUUGUCCAUCGCCCUCCUCAACAGCUCCUUUGCCAGCGCCUCCUGCGCCAACCAUAAUCACCUCGACGCUGUCGGCGGCGCAGUCGGAUCGCGUCCCGCGGGCAGCUGCAAUUCUUGGUGGAUCCAGCGCCACUAGCACCAGCGAUGGGUACUAG